UGCAACAAAUGUCAUUCAGUUGUUAUUUUGCCAAACAAAACAAAGGAAGAAUGAAGUGAAAAGUUAAGAAAUAAGAAAACAUCAAAAUAUUAACAAAAUUAUUGCAUAAAUUUUCGCUUAACGUUGAAGGAAUUAAAGAAAGUUAUUGUUAAAAUAUUUCGGUGUUGCUAUUUCGUCGAAUGAGUGCUUUGUUGGUGUUUUGCUGACCAAUCAAAAAGUGUGCUUUUGUGUUUCGCAUUGUUUGUUUUUUUUUUGCGGUCGUUUGCUUCAAAAUUUUUGUUGAUUUGUUUGUAACAUUCGCUGUGGACGCUACUCUAAACAAAAAUAUUAAAAAAGACUAAAAAUAUUGACGCGGUAGCUAUGAACGCCAAGGAUAUUUUAAUAAAAGCUGUCCAGUGUGACAAAGAUGGUCGCAUUCUGGAGGCCCAAGAUCUCUACCAAGAUGGUAUACAAAUUCUAAUGGAAGUUGUUGGUGAUGAAAAGGACUCGAACAAAAAGAAGGUCUACUUGGAACGCAUUAAAGAAUAUAUCGACCGGGCUGAACAGAUAAAACUGCGAGUUCAACGUCAUAUGGAAAGUGGUGAGAUUGUUGCCAACAUUCCCAUCGAUGAGAAUUCAACAGGUCACAGCUAUAAAAGUCUUUUCGGGAAAUAUAUGAACGCCGAUGUAAAGGAGAUUUUAAUAGAUGAGCCAUAUAUUGCGGAGAGAUAUCAGUUCCAAAAUUUCGUUGUUUUAUUAGAACUGGCAGCUAAGCAGUGCAAAAAUCUGAAAUAUGUAAGACUGGUUACCAAACCCGAUCCCAAAAAUACAGCCGAACAGAAUUCAAUAUUGAAUUUGAUUAAAACCGAUUUGCAAGGAAGGAAUAUUACACUGUCCAUAAAAUACGAGACAACAUUGCAUGAUCGUAAAAUUAUUUUAAGUAAUGGUUACAUAAUCAAAAUUGGACGUGGUCUGCACUUCUUUAAGGCAACCAAUCCGCGUUACUCAUUGGGACUGUGCGAUUACGAUUUUCGUAAUUGUCUGCAAACGGAUGUGGAUAUAUGUCGCACUAAAACAUUUUCGUAAUGUUGACUUAUUCUUUUUUUAUAAGUUUAAGUAUGUUUUAUAAGAAAUUAAGAAUUCUAUUUGAUAUGGUUGCGAUGAUGUUUAUAAGGUAAUAAUUAUGUUCCAUCCGAUUAAAAUUGCUAAAGUAUUACGUUUUAUAAACAAACAAAAA